GGCCCCAAGGAGGAGAAGCUGCGGCCACAACGGGUGCUCAAGGCCUGCAACCAGCUGCCCAAGUUCUAUGGCGAGCUGCCCACCGAGCUGGUGGGGGUGCCUCUGGAGGACAUGGACCCGUUCUACAGCACCAGAAAGACCUUCAUGGUGCUGAACAAAGGGAGAACAAUAUUCCGAUUCAGUGCCACCAACGCCCUGUUUGUGCUGAGCCCGUUCCACCCCAUCAGGAGAGUCGCCGUCAAAAUUUCCGUCCACAAAUACUUCAGCCUCUUCAUCAUGGCCACCAUUCUGGCCAAUUGUGUCUUCAUGACCCAAGCUGACCCUCCUCCGUCGGCCGAGUAUGUAUGGUACACAUUCACUGGUAUCUACACAUUUGAAUCAUUAAUAAAAAUCCUGGCCCGUGGAUUUUGUCUGAAUGAAUUCACUUAUAUGUGGGACAUGUGGAAUAUCCUGGAUUUCUGCAUCAUUAUCCUGGCGUACCUUGCGGAAUUUGUGGAUCUGAAAGGCGUCUCAGCCCUGCGUACAUUCCGCGUGUUCAGAGCCCUGAAAACUGUGUCGGUCAUCCCAGGAUUGAAGGUGAUCGUGGGGGCCCUGAUCCAUUCGGUGAAGAAGUUGGCGGACGUCAUGGUUCUCACCGUCUUCUGCCUGAGCGUGUUUGCCCUGGUGGGACUGCAGCUCUUCAAAGGGAAUCUGAAGAACAUCUGUGUGAAGAACUGCUCUGCCCUCAACCUCACUGAGGAAGGUCUGCCCAUCAAUCGGACGUGGGACUUCUGCAGUAAAGACACAGAUUAUCGUGCCUUUAAGAAUGGGACUCAGGAUCAUUUACUGUGUGGCAACGGCUCAGAUGCGGGCCAAUGCCCCCACGGUUAUUGGUGCCAGAAGAUCGGCCCCAACCCCGACUAUGGCUACACGAGCUUCGACUCCUUCGGCUGGGCCUUCCUCUCCCUCUUCCGUCUGAUGACGCAGGAUUACUGGGAGCGACUCUACCAGCAGACCCUCAGGGCAUCCGGCAAAGUCUACAUGAUCUUCUUCGUGCUGGUCAUCUUCUUGGGCUCCUUUUACCUGGUGAACCUGAUCCUGGCUGUGGUGACCAUGGCAUACGAGGAGCAAAACCAGGCCACUAUCGCGGAGACUGAGGAGAAGGAGAGAAAGUUCCGGGAGGCUCUAGAGGUGCUAAAGAAGGAGCACGAGGUCUGGAUGGCAGCCAGUCUGGGCCUCAGAGGGCGGCUGACCAAGGAGCGGAAGAGCUGGCGCCGGCCUCGGGGGAAGCUAUUGGAGGCAGACGACCACCAAGACGGCGCCAGGGCUUCCGAAUCAGAAGCGCUGCCCGGCCAGCGGAGGAUGUCCGUCCUGGGCCUCAGCCACGGCCCCGGUGGGAGCCCGGCCAAGCGCAGGACCAGCCACGGCAGCGUGUUCACCUUCCGGCCCCGGGGCAGGGACGGCUGGGCCACGGAGGCCUCGGAGGACGACGGCAGCUUUUCCGGGGAGAACGAAAGCCGCCAGGAGGCCCUGCGCCUGGCACAGAUGGACAGGCACCUCAGCGUCCAGGACCUGGCCGCCACCGGAGCUCAGAGGAAGAACCGGCUGUCGGUCCAAACCUUGUCCCCGGACUAUCUGGAUGAACCCCUGCGGCUGCAGCGGGCCAUGAGUGUGGUCAGUGUCAUCACCUCGGUGUUGGAAGAGCUGGAGGAGUCGGAGCAGCGCUGCCCACCAUGCCUGAGUCGUGUGGCCAGCAAGUACCUCGUGUGGGACUGUGGGCCGCGCUGGCGGCGGUUCAAGCUGAUGGUGCGGGCGGUGGUGACGGACCCGCUGGUGGAGCUGGCCGUCACUGCCUGCAUCGUGCUCAACACGCUCUUCAUGGCCAUGGAGCACUACAAGAUGACAGAGACGUUCAAGCUUCUGCUCCACAUCGGCAACCUGGUUUUCACUGGGAUUUUCACAGCCGAAAUGGUCUUCAAGGUCAUUGCCCUGGACCCCUACUACUACUUCCAGACCAGCUGGAACAUCUUUGACAGCAUCAUCGUGAUCCUGAGCCUCAUGGAACUGGGGUUGCCGAAAAAGGGCAGCCUGUCUGUCCUGCGUUCCUUCCGCCUGCUGAGGGUCUUCAAACUGGCCAAGUCGUGGCCAACGCUCAACACCCUGAUCAAGAUCAUCGGGAACUCGGUGGGGGCUCUAGGGAACCUGACUCUGGUGCUGGCCAUCAUCGUCUUCAUCUUCGCCGUGGUCGGCAUGCAGCUAUUCGGGAAUUCCUUCAACUGCACCAAGAAGAACGAAACCUUCGCCCCCCCCAUCACCCAGAGCAACAGGGAGAACUUCCGGCGCUGGCACAUGGGCGACUUCUUCCACUCCUUCCUCAUUGUCUUCCGCAUCCUGUGCGGCGAGUGGAUCGAGAACAUGUGGGAAUGCAUGGAGGUGGCCCACAAACCAUUAUGCCUAUUCAUCUUUUUGCUCGUCAUGGUCAUUGGCAACCUGGUGGUGCUAAACCUGUUCAUUGCGCUGCUGCUCAACUCGUUCAGCGCGGACAACCUGCUGGCCCCAGAAGAAGACAGCGAGCUAAAUAACCUGCAGGUGGCCCUGGCCCGCUUGCGGGCCGCCGCGUGGCGGGGAAGGCGGAUCGUGCUGGAUGCCCUCAUGGGCUUCUGCAAGCUCCCUAGCCUGGGGGCCGAGAAGCCGGCCCCUCCGAGCCCGGGAGCCCCCAACCACCUAGGGCCUGAGUCUUUGGAAUUCAGGAAGGCCGGGAAGACCGGUGGUGAGACGGCCCCCAAUGGGGCAGUGCGGCAGUGGGGACCCUGUUGGGAGGUGGACGGUUUGCUGUCUGGCCCCGGCCUGGUCGUCACGGUGCCCAUCGCCGAGGCCGAGUCCGACAUUGAAGAUGGGGAGGACGAGGGCGACAGCCAAGAUCGUCACAGUGCCAACUCCCCUCCUGCUUCCCCCAGGCUGGAUGCUGAGCCUGAGGAAAGAGUGGCUCCCCCUGAAGGACACUGUACACCAAACCUCAGGUCCCCAACCCCCUCUCAAGACCUGGCUCUGGACGUGGACAAAGAGUGGACAGCCAAGGUUUCCCAGCCAUACUCCACAGAGAAACUCGAUGACACCAGCUGUUCGGAGGGCAGCACAGUAGUUGUCCCGGAUGCAGACGAGAUAGUCAAGCAGAUCACCGAGCUGGCGGAUGUGUUGGAGGAGCCAGAGGACUGCUGCACUGAAGGCUGCCGCAGCCGCUUCCCCUGCUGUGUGGGAGACCCCAGCUCCCGGGCUGGCCUCCUCUGGUGGCGCCUGAGGAAGACCUGCUUCCUGAUGGUCGAACACAGCUGGUUUGAGAGCUUCAUCAUCUUCAUGAUCCUGCUGAGCAGUGGCACCCUGGCGUUUGAAGACAUUUACCUGGAGGGGAGGCAAACCGUGAAAGCUAUACUGGAUUACGCCGACCUGCUCUUCACAUACAUCUUCAUUCUGGAGAUGCUGCUCAAGUGGGUGGCCUAUGGCUUCCAGAAGUACUUCACCAAUGCCUGGUGCUGGCUGGACUUCCUCAUAGUGGACGUGUCUCUGAUCAGCCUGGUGGCCAACGCUCUGGGCCACUCCGAUUUAGGUCCCAUCAAGUCUCUCAGGACCCUCCGUGCCCUGCGGCCCCUCAGGGCCCUGUCCCGCUUUGAGGGGAUGAGGGUGGUGGUGGACGCCCUGGUGGGGGCCAUCCCAUCCAUCAUGAACGUGCUGCUGGUCUGCCUCAUCUUCUGGCUUAUCUUCAGCAUCAUGGGAGUCAACCUGUUCGCCGGCAAGUUCGGACGCUGCGUCAACCAGACGGGGGACAACUGGGAAACCCCCUUGGACUCCUCCCUCAUCAACAACAAGAGCGAGUGUGAGGGGCUAAAUGUCACAGGUGACCUCAAGUGGAUCCAGGUCAGAGUCAACUUUGACAACGUGGGACUGGGCUACCUCGCCCUGUUGCAGGUGGCGACGUUCAAAGGCUGGAUGGACAUCAUGUAUGCUGCAGUGGAUUCCCGUAAGGAGGAAGAGCAGCCUAUUUGGGAAUUCAACCUCUACAUGUACCUCUACUUCGUCAUCUUCAUCAUCUUUGGCGGCUUCUUCACGCUCAAUCUCUUUGUCGGUGUCAUCAUUGACAAUUUCAACCAGCAGAAGAAAAAGAUACGGGGCCAAGAUAUCUUCAUGACGGAGGAGCAGAAGAAGUAUUACAACGCCAUGAAGAAGCUCGGCUCCAAGAAGCCUCAGAAGCCCAUCCCCCGGCCACUGAACAAGUACCAGGGGUUCCUGUUUGACAUCGUCACCAAGCAGGCCUUCGACGUCACCAUCAUGGUCCUCAUCUGCCUCAACAUGGUGACCAUGAUGGUGGAGACGGACGACCAGAGCGAGGGGAAGACCAACAUCCUCGCCAAGAUCAACCUGCUCUUCGUAGCCAUCUUCACUGCCGAGUGUGUGGUCAAGAUGGUUGCUCUGCGCCACUACUUCUUCACCAACGGCUGGAAUGUGUUUGAUUUGAUCGUCGUGGUCCUUUCCAUUGGCAGCCUUGUACUUUCUGGUAUCAUUAAAAGCCUUGAAAAUUAUUUCUCCCCCACGCUCUUCCGGGUUAUCCGCUUGGCUCGCAUUGGUCGCAUCCUGAGACUGGUCCGCGCGGCCAAGGGCAUCCGCACCCUCCUCUUCGCCCUGAUGAUGUCACUGCCGGCCCUGUUCAACAUAGGCCUGCUGCUCUUCCUGGUCAUGUUCAUCUACUCCAUCUUCGGCAUGGCCAACUUCGCCAAUGUCAAGUGGGAUAAGGGCAUCGAUGAUAUGUUCAACUUCCAGACGUUUGCCAACAGCAUGCUCUGCCUCUUCCAGAUCACCACGUCGGCUGGCUGGGAUGGUCUCCUGAACCCCAUCCUUAGCACAGGGCCCCCAUUCUGCAACCCAAACAUCAGGACCCUCAACCGGUCUUCCAACAACUGUGGCAGCCCCGCCAUUGGGAUUGGGUAUUUCGUCAGCUACAUCAUCAUCUCCUUUCUUAUCGUGGUGAACAUGUACAUCGCUGUCAUUCUGGAGAACUUCAGCGUGGCCACGGAGGAGAGCACUGAGCCGCUAAGCGAGGAUGAUUUUGACAUGUUCUAUGAGGUCUGGGAGAAGUUCGACCCCGAGGCCUCACAGUUCAUCCAGUUCGCAGUCUUGUCGGACUUCGCUGAUGCUCUACCUGAGCCCUUGCGCGUUCCCAAGCCCAACCAGAAUAAGCUGAUGAGGAUGGACCUGCCAAUGGUGAGUGGGGACCGAAUCCAUUGCAUGGACAUUCUGUUUGCCUUCACCAAGCGUGUGCUGGGGGAGUCGGGCGAUAUGGAUACCCUGAAGAUCCAGAUGGAGGAGAAGUUCAUGGCAGCCAACCCAAGCAAGGUGUCCUAUGAGCCCAUCGCCACCACACUGAGGCUGAAACAGGAGGAGGUGUCUGCUGCAGUCAUCCAGCGGGCGUUCCGUAGCCACUUGCUGCAGCAGGCAAUGAGACAGGGUCCCACGACGCCCAGCCUCGGAGGCUGGCAGGAGGAGGAAGAAGGGGAUGAGGAGGAAGAGCCCGCAGCGCUGGAGCAGUCCACCUCCUCCUCAUCCUUCCCCCCAUCCUAUGACAGCGUCACCCGGGGUCUGAGUGAGGCUGGACAGCCUGGCCCCAGGUUUGAACCGCUCUUUCGGACCCUGUCUGGAGCCUCCGCCUUCUUGGGACAAGAUCAGGAGUCCUUGGACGGCCUGGGCCCAGACCAGGAGCCCGCUGCCCUCUCGGGACACCGUGUGGAGUCGACUGACCUCGUGGGACAUGACCUGAAGUCCCCCCUCACCCCAGGACACCACCAGAGCCACCGCUGAGCACAACGUCUGAGCUCCACUCCCUCUGGACCCGCUUGCGGAGCGCCCGGUGCUGGGGGCCAGCACUUCUCACCACUUCGCCUCCCACUUUGGACUCUGAUCUGAGUUUCUUCUUGAACCAGAAACUUGGUGGGGGGCCGGGCGGGACUGGACAGAGCUGGGCCCGGAGCUUUCCUGCCUGUCGGUUCAUUCGCCGCCCUCUGGGGAGCUGAGAGCUUUGCCCACGCGGUUGCAUGCUAAGAACGGGGUUGCCGGGGGCACUGUGACCCAGUCGGAUGUGGCAGCUGACGCCCAGCAUUCAGAACCCCAUUAAAGCAGCU